CAAAAUCUUCACGAAAAAAGGGGUUCUGAGAGGGGGAAAUUCGAAGAGGAGGGAGAAACCGAAAGGUUUCAAGUGGGAUCGUCGCUCAAGGUUCAGGUUCAAAGUUCUCCGUCCAGAUUUCACCGAAUCUCUGGAAGUUCGUUCAUCUGGUCGCUGCUUGUGUCUUGUUCGAGUUUGAAGUUUCGUCGUUUGGCAUUUCAUUAUGACUGUGUAAUUGCUGAAAAUUUCAGUUAAUUGAAGCUUUAAUCUCAGGUAUUGGGAUAGCUGCAACUUUCAAAUUACAAGCCUCAGCACUGAUUGAAAGAUAUAGCCCCUUUCAAUAACUUCGCCUCGGAGUCCUUAACUUAAGAAUAUGAUCAGAGUGCAAGAUGGAUGCCAAAUUUGGAUUCCUAACGGUCAAAGGACUGGAAGAUAUGUUUAUACCCAUGUUGAGAAAUUGCAAGAGCACGGGUUUUAUGAAGAAAAUACAUGCUCAAAUGGUCAAGUUUUCCCUUUCACAGAGUAACUACUUGGUGACCAAAAUGGUUGAGAUAUGUGACAAAUUGGGAGAAGUAGACUAUGCCAGUUUGCUGUUCAAACAAGUUGUGGAGCCAAACAACUAUUUGUACAAUUGUAUGAUCAGAGCCUAUACAAACAGACAGAGGUAUGUGCCAUGUAUCAAUAUCUAUAAGCAAAUGAUGGAACAAACCGAGAGUGAAGAAACAACUUCUCCUGAUGAAUACACAUACCCAUUUGUUAUUAGGUCAUGUGGGGGGCUUUUGUGUGUUAAUCUAGGUAAACAAUUCCAUGGGCAGGUGUGUAAAUUUGGGUUUAAGUCUAGCAGUAUGAUAGAGAAUUCUUUAUUGGAUAUGUAUGUGAAGUGUGAUCAAAUGAGUUACGCACAUAAAUUAUUCGAGGAAAUGAACGAGAGAGAUGUGAUUUCUUGGAACAGUCUCAUUUCCGGGCAUAUAAAGUUGCGUCAAGUGAGAAAGGCAAGAGCUUUAUUUGAAGAGAUGCCAAACAAGACUGUUGUUUCUUGGACAACUAUGAUUUCGGGAUACACAAAAACUGGCUGCUAUGGAGAUGCCUUGGAUGUUUUUAGGAGAAUGCAAAUGAUUGGGAUGAAACCUGACUGGAUUAGUCUGGUUGCUGUUUUGCCUGCUUGUGCACAACUUGGAGCUCUCGAGUUAGGAAAGUGGAUUCAUUUCUAUGCAGAAAAGUACGGACAUUUGAGGAAGACUUCUGUGUGCAACGCACUAAUGGAAAUGUAUGCAAAAUGUGGAAGUGUAAACCAAGCUUGGCAGUUGUUCAAUGAGAUGUCUGAAAGAGAUGUGAUCUCCUGGAGUACGAUGAUUGGAGGCCUAGCAAACCAUGGUAGAGCUCAUGAGGCACUGAAGUUGUUUAAUGAAAUGCAGAGGUCCGCCGUUGAACCAAAUGAGAUCACUUUUGUUGGUCUUCUUUGUGCCUGCGCGCAUGCUGGUCUGGUGAAUGAUGGUUUGAGGUACUUUGAUUCCAUGAAAAAUGAUUAUAACAUAGAGCCACGGAUAGAGCAUUAUGGUUGUCUGGUUGAUCUUCUUGGGCGUACAGGACGUCCUGAACUAGCUCUUGCACGCAUCAAGAGCAUGCCAGUGAAGCCUGACUCUGCUAUAUGGGGUUCCUUAUUGAGUUCUUGUCGAACUCAUCGCAAUCUUGAAAUUGCAGUCAUUGCAAUGGAACAUCUAUUAGAGCUUGAACCUGAAGAUACAGGGAACUACAUUCUGCUCGCUAAUAUUUAUGCAGAUCUUGGAAAGUGGGAUGGUGUAUCAAGGAUGAGGAAACUCAUAAGAAGUAAAAGCAUGAAAAAAACACCAGGCUGCAGUCUAAUUGAGGUAAACAAUGUGGUUCAAGAAUUUCUAUCAGGUGAUGAUUCAAAACCAUUUUCAAAAGAUAUCCGUCAGGUGCUAGAGCUAUUGGCCUUACAUCAAAGCAAAGAAAAUGAUCUGGUUGAUAUAACACUUGAGUACUUAAGUCCUUGAACUUAUACUUCAAAGCACUUCAGCGAAAUGUCAUUUUAGCACCGAUGAGGAGUGGUCACUCUUCAUAUGUCCUUUUCGAUUCAAGGUUUUUGGUAUAGUUUAUACCACAUUCUUUAGCAUCCGGAAGUCCCAUGAGGAGUCAUAGUACAAGCAAUCUCAAAUAACACAGAGCUGGAAACCAUAAUUUGGCACCAUCACUUUAUAUGAGCCAAUCAGUCGUCUUGCAUUUCAUCCUUCCGGAAUAUUUGAUACCUUCAGGUCUUGUAGCUGCUUGGAACACUGCAAAAGCCGAACCAGGUUCCAUUGUUUCUAUCUUUUGCUUAGGCACGCAAAAUUCAACCUGGUUCCAUUGUUGAACCAGGUUCCACUGCAAAAUUGAAGCUAGCUCCAUUGCUGUUGAAGAGGAUGCAAAAGCUGCUGAUGUCCUCGUGAAUUAUUGGGAUUGCCAUUGACGCUAAGAAACAUGCCAAAAUUUUUGGCGAAACUGAAUUCAUCAAUCCGAAAGAGCAUGAGAAACCAAUACAGGAAACCAGACAAUGCCGCUUACUAUAACUUUUUCUUUUUAAAUUCUUUUCUUAUUUCUAACAUGUACCUUCCAUAGUUUUCAUACAUACAAAAUAUUUCUGUUACUGUGGUGGAGUAAUUAUUAAGAUGUCUCUGAAAUCACAUACUCUUCACAAAAGAGUGGAGCAGCUUUGCACCAGGGCAAUCAAAUAGGCAGUAAUGCCAUUUCUUUUAUUAGGUGGAUUAUGUAAUUCACACUUCAGCUGGAGGGUUUAAACACUUAGGUGGUUGAUUUGGCUGCUUUUCUUUGUUAGGUACUACAUUAUCUUUUAUAGCUGGAGUUGCCUUUAGCUGGAGCCUGGAUGUUUGUUUGGAAAGUUGCCAACCAGUCACUGCUUACAGUUGUGCAUCUAGCUGCACAUUUUAAAUUCAUGGAGUUGUGACAGAACAAGGUUAAUGGACGACACUAAUUCUGCUUUCCGCAGAACAUUAGGUUUGAUGGGAAAGGAGGUGAUAGCGAGAAAUCGAAGGUGGGAAUGAGAAAAUGGCGCCAGAUGACUGUAGUGUUGGAUGCUGCCGUGAGGGUUAAUCGGGAGUGUGCCAUCUCUGCAACUCGCCGGCAUUGUCGUCUUUUUGGUCUCUUCUUUUUUGAUAUAUGUGACAAAUCCAGAAAAAUAACAAAGGACAAAUGCCAUGCGUGAACCUUGAUUUCUGGCUUCUAUUUCGAGCUACGUUACCGUGUUUCCUAUUUUCACCUAGAGUUCUUUAUUUUUCACCAUCUUCAAUUCCUUAA